AUGUCACGGGCAAGCUCAAUAGCUCCAGCCGAAGCCGUUGCAGCUGCAAUGGACGACGGCAAAAAGCACCUCCUCUUAGCUGCGAGUGGCUCCGUCGCAACUAUUAAGCUUCCCAACAUAAUAUCCGCCCUCUCAAAUUACCAGAACCUAUCCAUCAGAGUGAUUCUGACCAAAUCCGCCACACACUUCCUCAACGGUCAAUCCCAAGAACAACCCACCGUCGAAUCCCUCGCUGCUCUCCCCCACGUCGACGGAAUAUAUCAGGAUAAAGAUGAAUUAGGGGAGUCCUGGACUCGUGGCGCGGGCAUCUUGCAUAUCAAUCUACGCAAGUGGGCUCAUAUCUUGGUCAUUGCGCCGCUGAGCGCGAACACGCUGGCGAAGAUCGUCAACGGGAUGUCGGAUAACCUGUUGACGGAUACAAUUCGGGCAUGGGAUACGUCGGGGCAACUGGAUGGAAUGAAAAAGCGGAUUGUGGUGUUUCCGGCUAUGAAUGUGGCUAUGUGGUUGCACCCGGUUACCGCGCAACAAAUAAGAGUGUUGGAAGAAGAUUGGGGUGUUAAAGAUGGUGGAGAUGAGAAUGAAAAUGGCGAAGGGUGGUUCGAGGUCUUUACGCCUAUUGGGAAAAUGCUCGCAUGCGGAGACAUUGGAAUUGGAGGAAUGCGAGAAUGGACCGAAGUUGUCUCCAUUAUUGAAGAAAGACUGGCACUAACUACCUGA